GGGGUGGGGAUGUUGAGCCAUGCAUUCCUUCGCAUUUGAGGUUUCAGAGACAGUAGGGUUUAUAGGUCUGUAGCCCCAAAGUUUGUGACUAAUUAAGCAAGGUCUCCAAGGGCUCAAGCAUCACACACAUCUUUGGUGUAAAUUUGUUGCAUAACUAGCACCGCCCAGAAUGAUAGUUACAAUUGCAAGCGCUCUGCUGUUCAUAGAGAUCAAGGAUGCAGCAUUUUUGAGAACGUUGUCGCAGGUGAUGCUAUCGCUUUGGCUGAAAUGGGAGCUCCGGGCAAUGGUGGUCCUCAGCCUCAGUGUUCAACUUAUAUUGAUAAAAUUUGGGAAUCGGCGGAAAAACAGCGGGAGACAUCUAAAGAUCGUCUCCCUCCUGGUGUGGACCAUGUACCUGUUUGCGGAUUGGUUGGCGACGGUGGCCUUGAGUACCCUCCUUAGAAGUAGAAAGGAGCAAAUAACCAGUCCUCUGGUUAUAUUUUGGACUCCAUUUUUGCUCUUGCAUCUUGGUGGCCCCGAUACCAUCACUGCUUACUCAUUGUCGGACAAUGAACUGUGGCCUCGACACUUGUUCGGGCUGUGUUUUCAGGUUGGAGUGGCACUCUAUGUAUAUGUAAAGUUUUGGACUCUAACUGUAACAAAGCUCACCUAUUUGGCCAUUCCAAUAUUCAUUGUUGGGAUCAUCAAGUAUGGGGAGAGAGUUCGGGCUCUCUUCCAAGCCAGCAACGUUCGGUUUAGGAAAUCUGUGUUUUCUACUGACAAAGCUUCGGAGCUGGAAGUUGAGCUUUCACAGGGGGCUUCAAAAAGCGAUAUCACACUGGAGGGCUAUUUGGAUACAAAACAAAUUAAGGAGAAAUAUCGGUAUCUUUAUCGAGCAUUUCUUUUGUUUCAGGUGUUCAGGCCCAUGUUUUCGGAUCUCAAGCUCAGAAUUUACAAUAAAUUAGAUUACAUCUUUGAGUUGGGGGAGAAUGUUGUUGCAGAAGAGGCCUUCAAAAUUGUGGAGAUUGAACUUGGGUUCCUCUAUGAUCUGCUGUAUACCAAGAUUCCUAUAGUUAUAACUCGAAUCGGUGUGAUUCUUCGCAUUAUUUCCUUGUCAUUAAUCACUUCCACACUGAUUGCCUUCUUGCUGGUGGUUGGGAAGCAUGGAUACUCCAAAGUUGACAUUGGCAUAUCCUACUUGUUAAUGGUUGGCGCCAUCUUUCUUGAACUUUAUUCGGCCUUCCUGCAUCUUAGCUCGGAUUGGGGAAUCCACUGGUUGACUAGUCAAAACAACAGGCUUCUUAGGGCUGCUGGUUCUAACUUGGUCCAUUUUAGUAAGCCCAACAAGGGAAUUCGAGCUAUGGCACAACACAGCCUCCUAGAUUAUUGCCUCCAGCCCAGGAAACUGAAGCUUGCUAAAGUUUUAAACAUCUUCGACCCUGAGGACAAUGCCGAGAAGUACUUACACACCAGUUGGAAAGAGGUAGAUCUUGAGCUGCAAAAAUUAUGUACACCUUGCAUGAAAAGGUUGACAGAUUGUGAGAGGUGGUGGGCAAGGUCUCCAAGGGCUCAAGCAUCACACACAUCUUUGGUGUAA